CACAAUCUAAUUAUAAUACUCAUUUUUUAUAAUUUAGGCUUGUCUGUUGGACUUGUCUCACCGUAAAAACGCUACAUCCAUAGUUCUAUAGAGUCAACGUGCAACACAACGACCUGGAAAGCGUGGGCGACGAACAGAGAUACACACACUAUCCCUGCAGGGAACUAUGAUGAGCAAAACUCUCCUCCUUUCAUCUUUACUGGUCUUCAUUCUCUCCAUUUUUCUUCUUCCUUUUCUCAGGUUAUCAAAUACUUCUAUGGAAGCAGAUUUUGCAGACUUAUUAGUCACAAAUGCCUUCAUUUACACUAGCGACCCUUCUCUUCCUUUUGCUGAUUCCAUGGCCGUUAAAAAUGGCCGCAUUUUGCGUCUUGGCAAUUACUCCUCUUUUAAGGAUUUAAAAGGAAGUAAAACAAAAAAAUUGAAUCUUGAUGGAAAAAUUGUAGUUCCUGGAUUUAUAGAUUCCCACUUGCACUUGCUUUAUGGAGGAUUACAGAUGAUGCAAGUGGAACUCCAUGGUGUUAAUACAACAGAGGAGUUUAAAAUGAAGAUUAAACAAGCAGUCGAAAGUAAGAAGGAAGGUGUUUGGAUUUUGGGUGGUGGAUGGAACAAUGACCUUUGGGGAGGAGAAAUGCCAACGUCAAAUUGGAUAGAUGAUAUAAGUCCUCAAAAUCCUGUUUGGUUGUCAAGAAUGGAUGGUCAUAUGGGCUUGGCUAAUUCUCUGGCUCUCAAAUUGGCUGGAAUUACUCGAGAAACCAAAGAUCCUCCUGGCGGUGUAAUAAGCAGAACAUCCGAUGGAGAGCCUACAGGAUUGCUGAUAGAUGCUGCAAGGCAGCUCAUGCUUCCCAGUAUUCCAGAACCUUCAAUUGAGGAAAGGAGGGAAGCAUUACUAAGGGCCACCAAUUAUGCUUUGAGCAAAGGGGUCACAACAGUGGUUGAUAUGGGAAGAUAUGUUCCUGGUUCUUCAACAGAAUUAUCAUGGGAGGAUUUUACAGAUGUCUACAAGUGGGCAGAUAGUUCCGGGAAUAUGCUGAUCAGAGUUUGUCUGUUUUUUCCUCUUGUAACCUGGUCACGCUUAGCUGAUCUUGUGCAAAAGAUUGGUCAUAUGGUUAGCCAAAGAAUUUACCUUGGUGGCGUCAAGGCUUUCUUUGAUGGAUCAUUGGGCUCAAACAGUGCUCUCUUUUAUGAGCCAUAUGCUGAUGAUCCUGAGAACUCUGGUCUUCAAGUGGCGGAACUUGACGAUCUAACCAACAUGACCACACUCUCUGAUAAGUCUGGGCUGCAGGUUGCAAUCCAUUGUAUUGGUGAUAAGGCGAAUGGCUUAGUCUUGGAUAUAUAUAAAUUAGUUGCUUCCAUUAAUGGAGAAAGGGACAGAAGAUUUAGGAUUGAGCAUGCUCAACAUUUGGCUUCUGGUGCAACUGCUCGGUUUGGUAAACAAGGAGUGGUUGCUUCAGUACAGCCCGAGCACCUUCUAGACGAUGCUAUAUCCGCAGCAAGAAAAUUGGGGAAGCAGCGGGCUGAAAGUGGAUCGUAUCUUUUUCGUUCACUUCUAGAAAGCCAUUCACUUUUAGCUUUUGGCUCUGACUGGCCUGUUGCUGAUAUUGAUCCCUUAAAUUCCAUUAAAGCAGCAGUGAAAAGGAUUCCACCAGCAUGGGAGACUUCGUGGAUACCAUCUCAAUGUAUCACACUCAAUGAUGCGCUUGAUGCGCACACAAUCUCAGCAGCUCGUGCGUGUUUUCUGGACAAAAUUAUAGGGUCGUUAUCUCCAGGGAAAUUGGCAGAUUUUGUCAUACUAUCCACAAAUUCAUGGGAACAAUUCACAGCUGAAGCAGUUGCUUCGAUCGAGGCUACUUAUAUUGAUGGGAUCAAAGCUUAUUCAGCUAAAGAUGCUUUGUGAGAAUAUAGGUUUAUUUAUAUUUGCAUAUAGCAUAAAUGAUGAGAUUUACAAACUAUGUUUUCGAAACUAUAUUCAUAAAUACUAAUAAGAAAAUGUUUUUUUAACAAAUUACCGUUAAAAAUAGGAAAAUUUAUUGUGAAUAAUUCAAUUUAUUUUCAAUUACCUGCCAAUAAUCUCAUGAAAUUUUUUUAAUAAUCCAACCUUUGCUUUCAGUUUGUUGCCAAUGACCCUUCAAAGAAAUGACCUAUUAUAUCAGGUUACCUCUUAUUUUCUUCCUUCUAUAUAAUAAUCUAAUCUAUUUUCUAUUACCUACCAAUAAUCCCAC